AUGGCAAAGGUCCGUAUCUUUGACAGUGGCGCUACACGGGCGCUGGCUGCGAUUUCGCGACGGGAGGCUUACUGUUCGAUUGGGUGUGCGGUGCGCAAGCGAAUAUCUCGCGUGGGCGCAGAAAUUUUUUUUGGGAAAUCGCGGGGGCGGGAAAUGUUCUCUACACAUUCGUCUCUAUCAGCAUACAAUGCGUCGCAUCUCCUCGCAGCUCCGAGUGUAUGUCUUGCUCGCUACCGCUUCGGAACUGGCAGAGUGCAUGGGGCACGCGGCGGGCUGGAGGCCCACAACGCAGAAGGAGCCUCUCCUAGUCCUAACAUGGGUCCUCAAAAGGAGGUCCUGGCUGAGCAGCGCAGCCUGAGUGAACGUCAGUUGUUUUCUGCUGGCACAGCUGGUGGCGCUACUUCAACCGCAGUACGCGCCGACCACAUCGACGAACUUGCUCGCCCCCAGAAGGGUGAUGCAGGGUCCAGUUCAGGAGGCGAGGAGUCUGUAAAACACAUCAGUCGCCAGCCACGUACAACGACGCGCUCGAACGAAUGGACUGAAGGGCCGGUAUCUCUUCCGUCGCUAUUUGAGGGCGAGGUCGAAGAAGAGGAUUGCGCUGAGCAAUUCCUGCAGGGUUUGUACAACUCGGAUGUGGCAACACAUCGUCACGCGCGCAUGUGGCUCAAACCAGAUAUCCAGUGCGCUCCACUAUCGCCAGCCACGGACGGGCGCGCAGCCUGUGAUCACGGGGCGAGACGAACUAGCUCAUGGAGUGACGACGCUCCUACGGCGCCGCGACAGGACAGUCGGCAUCGUUCUACUGAAGGAGGCGCAUGCGUUGACUCGUCGCCAGAGUCACGCGAACUGAGGCAUGUUUCGUCUUGCCUGCCAGAUGACCGUUUCGAAGAAAGCGGUGACUUCUUCUCUGAUGACGAUGAUACUUAUCCACGAGGUUCAGCGCUCUCUGCUUCUCGAUCCUCCCAACGGUCUGGACUGGGUUCUCCAGGGGCGACGCUGCUUUCGCGACUGGCACUGGCGGAGCGGGAGGCGUUGGGGGUGCCUCGGCGUCGCGGCGGUUCGGGGGAAACUUACGGGCAGUGGAGUGACAGAGUAACUCGCAUUCAGCAGGAAAGGACCUCCGCCUCUGAUGCGCGAUCGCUCGCUCUUGACCGCCGGCACAUUGCGCAGAUUGACGGUGAACAGGACCUCGGGGCGCACCGUGAAAGGUAUUCCAGAUAUUCGGGCGCGCGGCGAUCACGGAAUCAAGCAGCUGUGGGAGCCCCUCGGCGCAUGCGCGUGCUGGACUUGGAUUCCGUGAGCCCUGCGGUUCUCCAUCAUUCCUUCAUGUUUCUCCUCGUCAAGCAUCUUCCGGCGGAAGUUUGUCUCAAAGUGUUGAGCAGAAUUGCGGUCUACAGGGAUGUCCACACGCAGUUAGCGUACGAAAACUUGAUUCGAGACAUGGGGUUUCUCUUCACCAAGCACUACGAGACGUGCACUUCGGUUCCGCACGACCUAGGCCCCACACUGGUGGCCUACGUUUGCCGCGUCGUGCAAACUCUCUCCAUCGCUUGGGGUGUCAACUACGUUCGGAGAUUCGGCUGUUUCUCCAAACAAUUCAUCGUCAAGCAAAUCGAGAGGAGUGCGAACCCGCGCCUCUUCGACUUCGUUCGAUAUGCACAUAAAGGAGGGGUCAAGCCUCUUCCACCCAUAGUCACUCACCCGCAUCGUCUGUCGUCCUACGUCCGCCUGCUUGACGAGAGUUCGUCCAAGUUCUACAUGUACACACACCUGAAGCGCCACAAGCAGCUGCCGUUGCAGCACCAGCUCCACCCCUCUACGGAUCCUCAGAUCCAGGGGGAGAGCGACGGGGGGGACGGCAUUCUCAGUUUCGACGGAGUGCCGCCCUACGGCACAGGACACGAAGACGAGUCACGGCUGCCCCGGGCGUUUGUGGCUGCCGAGAAGGCUCUCCAGCCUGCUAAGGGACGGCAAGCGAUCGAGGCAGACAAGGGGGGGCUCCUCGGCACGGACGAGGCGGGAGGCGAGGCCGCAAAGACGGUUGCGGGACGACGGAUGAAACAAGCAUCAAAAAAGACAGCCACGGUGAAGCGGCCGCCUAUCUAUGACCUGAUUCUCGCCGCGGAACAUUUGGGAGUCGAGUACCAGGAACUGCAGCGGCAGAUGCUGAAAGAGCAGGAGGACUCCUCGAGCAGUGAAGACGAAGAUGAAACUGAAAGAGAACUGCGGGACUUGGUCGACAACGCUGAGGUGUUUAAGCAUAUUAGAAACCGCUACUAUCGGGGGCAGGUAGAACGCGUGGUGACGGAUAUGGACGACUCCGACGACGAAGUCGAUGGCUGGCCGCAGGAGGAAAGCGACAGCGGGGACGACGCGGAGGACGACCUGAGGGUCUCUCGGAUGUCAGGACAAUCAGGUGCGAACGACCCGGAAGUCGCAGACAGCAGGCAGGAAAGGCGUGGGCCGCCCACUCGCGCAGAGCGAAGACUUCAAGCUGAAGACGCCUCGCAAGCACCAGGUUCGCGCUUUAAACUCGAUUCUUCUGCUCGGCUGCAGACUACGCCGAUUGCACCCUCGUUCUCAAAGUCUUUCCUCGACAUAUCUGACGAUAAAUCCGUCCCGCGACGAGGCCAGCGGGAGACGGAGAACUCAGAGGAAGGCCAGACAUCGCUGGUGCCAGUUGAGACCGAAGAAAAGGGGCAGUGGGGUUGGACAUGGGAAUUCGAGAGUGACGCGCGGCGGCGGAGGCCGUCUUCGUACGCAGCUGAGGAAGCAGAUGAAGAUGGAAUAGAAGCGGAGAGGUGGUGGGGCACAGCUUGGGGCAGAGGCAGAACAGCAUUCAGAUAUAAAGGCCGAGCGUACGGAAUCGUGCCAGGAGAAGGUUGGAAGCUCCUGGAGGGAGAGAAAACCUUAAAGUUGCUGAGGCCAAAACGGCGUUUCGGGAAGCACCAGCCGAAGAGAGAAAGACGAACGAUGCGUCGGCUUACGGCCCGCAGGGUGCGCGAGCAGGUUCUUCAAGGGGCAUGA